GCCUUUAUUUCGACAACGCGUCAACUUUCAUUUUUCGGUGGACCUAUCGUUGUCAACUGCAAGAAUGCACGCCAUUGACGUUAUAUGGAUAGGAAUAAUGAACCUUCAGUAAUAAGCCUUCCCGUUUGGACGAGUAAUGCGGAGUCUCAUACCCCGUGAUAUCUCUUCUCUUUCUACUGCUGAACUUCAGUUCGAAGUUGCCAGAUGUACUCGGUUGAGGAAGAACUUAUCUCUGCGAUUGCCGGAUGGUGGAGCCAAACUUACUGCUUAUUUGGAACAGCUUAAUAACGCGUUGUCCAGUCGAUCCCAAGAAGAUUUGAUCAAAGGAUCGCCUAGACCCCUGCCAAUUGUAGUCGAUGAAGAGCGGGUAGCUCCUGUUGUGUUUCACGUGGCUGAAACAACUGCAAAUGUUGAUGGUAACGCUUUACCUCAAGAGUCUCUGGACAGUGCUGGUACAGAUAUAUGUGAUCAUUUCGCGAAUUUAUCGAUUCAGUCACCCGAUGGAUUUGAAUCUGAUUUGGAUUGGAUCGAUCUCCCUGCACUAACCUUGGACGAACUGAACCACAUACAGGAUACACUCAAUUUGCCCCUUACGUUCCCUUCCUCCUGGCGCUGGUUCGUCUUUUCAUUACGAUUUAUUGGCAGAUGGGUCUACCUGACUGUCUUCGACUGUGCCUCCGUCGAUCGCUACUUAUUUCGCACUGGGCUUCAUGCGCUAUGGUUUCCACAAGUUGGCAGUAAAAAGGAGCACGUUACCACAGCUGUCAGCUUCGACCCGCCUUCACAUUUGUGUUCUCCAGCGGACGCUGUAACCGACUUGUGGCAAUUUCUCACUGCUUGUGAUGACGCAGGCAAACCACUUGUGAAAGAUCGAGUCCAGACCAAUGUACCGUGUCUGAUCUGUUGCUCCGCGCCAUCUGCUCACGUAACUGAUCUUGUGUGGUUCAGCCGCCUGCUGAGAACCGCUCGGCAUUCGGUUAGCGCACGCACUUCAAUGCCACGUGAUUGUCGUUUUGUUGACGUCGGGAUUCCCGCCACUGACAUCACACCAGCACUACAUGGACCUGACUUAACAAUGGCGGGGGAUCCACGUGAUAUGUUUGUCGGUGAGUGCCGUUCGCUGGCACGGCUAGUUUUUUCCGAGCCCUUGACGUCUUGUGAAGGUUUGAAGCCGAAGCUGUUCGAAACGGUGUACGAUUUCUUUCGUACUUUCACAACCAGAGGCCUGCCUUGGAUGGAGGCGCCGUUGGAACUCCACGCAUUGUCUCAGAUGAAGGCCUGUGGGUACGAUCCUUCCCUCCCUCUUUCCCCUAGACCUGAAGGGACCCCCACCUUAGACUGUGUUCCAGAUCACAUUUUACGCCGGUUGGCUGCUGUUGGUCUUGGUCGCGCGCGGUUGAUCCGUCUUGUCGCUCAUUACGGUUGGCGUGGGUUUGCUGGUCUGCUGACUUUCAAUAUCACGACUCUGCUUGGUCCCAGAGGUGGGAAACCCGACACUGAUGGUCGCGCUCUGGUUACAAGUGAUCCAGAAAUCGUACGGCAUUUAUAUCGGUUCUUUCAUCAUAUACAUCGGCGUUUGGAACGACAUACCAAGCUUCGUGAAGAACAGCGGGACGCGGUUUCCAUGCGCUUUCACCCUUGGCGAGGACGCCAGGAUACGAGCAUUCGCUCCUCCGAUGUAGUGAAUCGCAAUAUGCUGCAGGCCUGGACAUCCGGAGGUAACCCCGUACUUAACGCAGCCACUAGUGAGCGCCGAGUCCUCUGCUUGGAUAUGGACACGUCUAUCAAGUUGAUGCAGAAGACAUAUAAAGAAUAUCAAGAAGCCUGUGUGAAGCAGUCGCGUGUCCAAUUGCGACUACCACCUCCAUCGGAUAAACUCGGAAGUUACCGUGACGGGUCGUUACAUCAUCCUUACUUGGAGUCAACAGGUAGUCAGUCGGAGUCCUCCUCAAGUGACUCGGAAGCCUCGCUUCAUCUCGAAGAUGUGGACUAAAAUGUCAACUUAAUUGUACAUAUUUCUUAUAAAAAAUCAUUCUGACUCAUUCUUG